GAAGGCAGAGACAAUGCUGUCGUGUGCAACCAGUUUGAGGGCUUUAACCUUGAAAACAUUUCCUCAAACACAUAGCAGUACUAAUUAUAAAAAUGCCCUAAAUCUGAUAAACCCUAAUCGCUGCUGCUUUAUAUUAAAAACCCUAAUGGAAGAAACAUCAUCGGUUGCUGCAUUGUCUUCAUCUCCUAGCAGACAAUUUCACGGCGAUUCAGUUAUUAGUGUUCAAGAAUGGCAGUCAUGGGGAACUGCGUCCCCUGUGCCUGCCAUGGUUAGUGAAAUUGUUGAGGAUUUGAAGGCUUUGGAGAGAGAGUCUAAUGCCACCAUCACUUUUGGGGGCCAAGGUGGCAAAAUUCAGGGAGAACUGAAAAUAACAGAGGACAAAAAGCAUAGAGCGAAGUAUCAAUCUUUAGAAGAUUCUGAGCAAAAGAUUCAAUUUUUUUCUGCUCGACAAGUGGCGUGUCGCUUGCUUGGAAGUAGGGAUUACCUUUGCCAAAAGUGCUGGCUUCCUAAAGAAGAUUGUAUGUGUUCAAGAAUUAGGUGCCGCACUGCCUGGGAAGGGAUGAGGUUCUGGGUGUAUAUGCAUCCAAAGGAUUUUUUAAGGCAAAAUAACACUGGGAAGCUGUUGUGGCAAAUAUUUGGUGUUCAAGCUGCAUCUUUAUCUAUUUUUGGCAUAAUUGAGCAUGAAGAAAUCAUGUGGAAUGAAUUCAUGCGAGCAGGGAAGAAAAAUGUUUGGUGCCUUUAUCCUAAUAAGGAUGCUGCAGUAAACUCUGUUCAGGAUAUCUUCAGUCAAAAUACUUCAACAGAUCCAGAAAUCCCUACAAUGAUGGCAACUCAUAACGAAAUUCUGCACUUUAUUCUGAUUGAUGGUACUUGGAGCAACUCUGCAGCGAUGUUCAGGCGUUUAAAGGAAAGAGCCAACUUGGUAUGGAAGGAAGACCUAUCUUGUAUAUCUCUCACCACUGGUGCAUCUGCUAUGCAUAAACUCCGCCCUCAACCAUCGUGGGACCGAACAUGUACAGCAGCAGCAGCUGCCAGUCUCCUGUUUGAGCUACAAAGUGUUCCACAGCUUAGCUCAUUUGGACUGGCUGAGCAGGUGGAAGCAGUUGAAGAUGGUCUUGAGAGUUUGUUGGAAGCUCUUACAGCUCGCAGGCUUCGUAGGGGCCGGUCGAUAACACGUAAAGUGAGGCACAACCGUGAUAUCUGUUAGCUGCUAACAUACAUCACUGGAGUAUAAAAAGUACCAGCAUCAGCAUAGAGUUUUUCUUAACACAUCUGUUGACAUAUACAAACUAACAGCUUAGUCCAGAGACCAUUUGUCACAUUGAAUCUCAAGUUUGAAGCACUUCAAUUCAAAACACGGGAGCAUUUGACUGAAUUGAUAAAGUUAUACAAGAGAUGUUCACCUUACGCCAUUGAAAUUAUUCUAGUCUUAGGUGCUCCGCAACAGUGUGGCAUUUAACUGUUACAUUGUUUAAUAUGAAUUUUCUGAAGGUUAUAAAGAAUACUAGUUAUCUGCGUGUUUAUUUAUUAUUU